CGUUCAAUGUCGAAAAACAUAGUUCCAGUUUUUCACCAGAUGUUAUCGAAACAAGUACACCCAAGCUCAGCGUCGGCGGAUGCUGGGCGGCUCAUUGCGCUGCUGUUCGUUGCCGUUUGCCUCGUUGGCAGUGCAUUUGCUCUAAACUGCAAAAUAUGUCACUCGACCGGAGAUUUCGAGGCGUGUCUGCGUAGUUCAUCCGCACCCUGCACCGUGUCACUCGUAAACACGACGCAUCUAUUCCUCGCCUCAGCAAAUCCAACUCUACGCAAUGCCACGUUCGUCGGUGUGCCACAGUUCCAGUGCUUUCAGGUCAACUACACGGUCGGGGUGAUGUGGCACUAUCAGAUGGGUUGCACCUAUGCCACCACCAAGAUCUGUGAGGGUUGGCGUGCGGCCAGCAAGUGUCUUACAACUGCAUCCAAUGUGAUGGGUGUACCGGGUCGGGUGAAGCCUCCGCAUAUUGCCGACUACAACCCGCACGGUCCUCCGUUCAUACUUCAUCCGGUGCAGCAGAGCCACCCGGUACAAUAUCCAGCAGCAACCGGACGUAACUCCAAGUCGGGUUCGGAGAGGAACGUCAUGCUAGUGCAAUGUCUAGUGCUAACAAUGGUGAUGGGUUGGGUGACAAGAAAGGUGCUAGGACACUGA